AUGUUCAUAGGGUGCAACAAAACCUGCAUGCCUUCUGUAAGACAAAUAGUUGAUCGUCUUGUUCCUGUUGAUCUCGUUGGAUGUGGCUGUUGUCUUCUUGCUGAUAAAAAUAAUAAACCUUGCGCUAUUGAUAAUUGUAGUGUUGGCGUACCUUACAUUAGUAAUAAACCUGUCAAUGCUAUUAACAUUAACAGCAAAAAAAAUGAUAAUAAUAACAACAACAGUAUCCGAAAUAUGCGUCUAAAUCUUACGGACAAUACUUCAAUUUUAAUGAAGAACUGCAGUCGCAAUACGUAG